GAGGGAAGUCUGACCCGAAGGCUGGUCCCUCUCUAAAUAAGCUAAUGCUCACCCUUUGACUCUUGGUCAAGAGUCGUCCUGAGCUGACCGCAGCUGCCUUCAGCAGCAUUUGCAACCCUGUAGGUGAAGCCUCAGGACCAGCUGCCUCCAGGAACCAUGCCGACCGUGGAUGAUAUUCUAGAACAUAUAGGGGAAUUCCACCUUUUCCAGAAACAAACAUUUUUCCUCUUAGCUCUGCUCUCCUGUGCCUUCACCCCCAUCUAUGUGGGCAUCGUUUUCCUGGGCUUCACCCCCGACCACCACUGCCGGAGUCCUGGAGUGGCCGAGCUGAGCCAGCGGUGUGGCUGGAGCCCGGCAGAGGAGCUGAACUACACCGUGCCGGGCCUGGGGUCUGCGGAUGAGGUCUCCUUCCUCAGCCAGUGCAUGAGGUAUGAGGUGGACUGGAACCAGAGCACCCUUGACUGUGUGGACCCACUGUCCAGCCUGGCUGUCAACAGGAGCCACUUGCCACUGAGCCCCUGCGAGCAUGGCUGGGUGUACGACACUCCUGGCUCCUCCAUCGUCACUGAGUUUAACCUAGUGUGUGUUCACUCCUGGAUGCUGGACCUGUUUCAGUCGGUAGUGAACGUGGGGUUUUUCAUCGGUGCUGUGGGGAUUGGCUACCUAGCAGACAGGUUUGGGCGGAAGUUCUGCCUCUUGGUCACCAUCCUCAUCAAUGCUAUCUCUGGGGUUCUCAUGGCGAUUUCGCCCAACUAUGCCUGGAUGUUGGUGUUUCGAUUUCUACAGGGACUGGUCAGCAAAGCUGGCUGGUUAAUUGGCUACAUCCUGAUUACAGAAUUUGUUGGGCUGGGCUAUCGCAGAACAGUGGGGAUUUGUUACCAAAUCGCCUUUACGGUUGGGCUCCUGAUCCUGGCUGGAGUGGCCUAUGCCCUUCCCAACUGGAGGUGGCUGCAAUUUGCCGUGACUCUGCCCAACUUCUGCUUCCUGCUCUAUUUCUGGUGCAUACCAGAGUCUCCAAGAUGGCUGAUCUCCCAGAACAAAAAUGCAAAAGCCAUGAAGAUAAUUAAGCAUAUUGCUAAGAAAAAUGGAAAGUCGGUGCCAGGCUCUCUUCAGAGCCUGACGGCAGAUGAGGAUGCUGGCAUGAAAUUGAACCCUUCGUUCCUGGACUUGGUCAGAACCCCUCAGAUAAGGAAACAUACAUUGAUCUUGAUGUACAAUUGGUUCACGAGCUCUGUGCUCUACCAGGGCCUCAUCAUGCACAUGGGCCUCGCAGGGGACAACAUCUACUUGGAUUUCUUCUACUCUGCCCUGGUGGAAUUCCCAGCCGCCUUCAUCAUCAUUCUCACCAUAGACCGGAUUGGUCGCCGCUAUCCCUGGGCUGUGUCAAAUAUGGUGGCAGGAGCGGCCUGCCUAGCUUCGGUUUUUAUCCCUGAUGAUCUACAGUGGCUGAAAAUUACCGUGGCGUGCUUGGGUAGAAUGGGCAUCACCAUGGCCUACGAAAUGGUCUGCCUGGUCAACGCUGAGCUGUACCCCACAUACAUCAGGAAUCUUGCUGUCCUUGUCUGCUCCUCUAUGUGUGACAUUGGCGGCAUCAUCACACCUUUCCUGGUCUACCGUCUCACUGACAUCUGGCUGGAGUUCCCGCUGGUCGUAUUUGCUGUGUUUGGCCUUGUUGCUGGGGGACUUGUGCUAUUGCUACCUGAGACCAAAGGGAAGGCUCUGCCUGAGACCAUCGAGGAUGCUGAGAAUAUGCAGAGCUCUGGUUGCCUCCCAGGCUCAAAUCCGGACAUGAGAGCCACAGGCUGGCUCCAACAAUUUGGCGUACCAACACGGGGCCUGGGAAUGGCAGAAGACGCUGGAAAAAACACUGCUGCUGUCCUUUGGGGCCAUAAGGACCGGAGGUCUGUGGUCAGCAGAUGUGCUAGGAAGACCGCUGCCGCCCUGGGGGAUGCCCUGGGAAGCGGGGAGAGCAAGAGACGCCUGGUAGUCUCCGGAGAUCGGUUGGUCAGAGAGACAAAGUUCUGAAGCGGAAGCUUACCCUUCCAAAAUCGUCUAAUUCUUUGGCCUGCUUAUGGAGGACAAGAAAGGGUCGCAUGUGUCUGGAUCUGUUGGUCUCUGUUUUGUGUAUUUUUGUGUAUGUGUUUAGAGCUAUGUGAAAAUCUAGAGAAGUGAAUUAUACCCUGACUAGAGAUAGUUUACACAUGAGAGAACAGGCUUAAGAAAAGCAGUACUCUCCGACUAGCUAGGGAUAAUUUGGUGAAAGAGAAAAAGAAAAAAAUAAAUAAACAGUAUCAAUUGGCCUUUGGAGCCCUGCACCUGUAGUUAGAAGUCUAGUGUGGCUGGAGAAGCCCAUGCUAGGAACUGAUGGCCUUUUUUCCUACAAAAAUCUCUGUGCUUGUGAUUAUUGUGUUUAGCUGUUCACAAGGUGCUUUUUAUU